AUGGGGUGGUGGUGGUUGUCCCUGAUGCUGGUGAUGUCCCCCUGGCUAUCUGGCAACCCAGGCAUCCAGGCAGGGCCACCUGGCUUGUGGCAGUGGGUGGUCCUGGCAUCCUGGCUGCCUGGGGUGCACCCCUGCCUGUUGUGCUUCAGCUCACCCCUUCAGUGGACAAACCUCUGCCAUGGCAUUACUGGGGCUCCUGCCAACCACUCCCUACAUCGACAGUGCCUCGAGGCCAUUGCUCAUGCUGCUCUGCCACUUGCCUCUGUCACUGUGGGCUUGGAGCAGCACAAGACUCUUGAGGAGACCAUGGCACUUGCCCUGAAAUUUCUGGAGUACGCAGAGGGCUUGGUUCCAGCCUGCAUCCCACCCUGCGGGUACCAACCAGCUGCCAGCGUCUUCAAGUGUGCCACCUGCCGCUUCGAGCACUGCCCAUUUCCCCUGGACUGCCCAGUGCAGGACAAGUGGGUCCAGGAGGAUGAAGCCAUCACACUGCUCUGCAACGUGCCCUUCACCACCCCCACGGACACGGCCGUCACGUGGAUGUUCGCCAAGGAUCUGCGCACCCAGGACCUGGUGCGGUUUGAGGAGCUGCAGGGGAGUGUGUCAGGACCUUUCAGCCUGACCAUCCAGGAGCCUGUCCCAGGAACCGUUGCCUGCUGCCUGGGGCCUGUCUCUCAGCCCUUGGUCCGCAAGUACUUCUACAUCAACGGGCCAUCUGGCAAUGCUGGAGGCUCCGAGGUGGCAGUAACACCCAGACAUCCCACAGACCUGGACAACAUGAUCCUUCAGAGUGUUCCAAAUGCCUGGAUUCACCCUAGGGGAGCUUGA